AUGCUUUACAAAAAGUGCCAUUUUGAUUGCAAUAAAGGAGGACAAAUUGUAUUCGGAGGCGAAGAUACAGAUAAUUGCGACAAAGUUGUCAACUGGAUCGACGUUAACAGUGAUAAUGGUAACUGGGAGUUUGUGGCUGACUCUAUCAGCAUCGGUAAUAUUACAUUGUUCAACGUGACUGUAAGUUUUUAAAGAGUAUAUAUUACUUAUAAUUAUGUUGUUUAUAACACGUUUCUAUAUUAUCUAGAUAUCUGCCGACACUGGUUCUCAAGGAUUAACUGCACCACCAGAAGUAAUAGAUUAUAUUAAAGAAAAAUUGUUUAUGGAUGAGUAG